AUGAACAAAUUAGCCUAUAGCAAUAAAGCAAGUUUAUAUGAUUGUUUAAAAGUUCUUAAUAAAAACAGUCUCUGCGGUUUAGCCAAUUUAAGAAAUUUUAAUUAAUUAAGUAUGAAAAGCUCAUAUUUUUAUGGCUACUGCCACUCAAAUUGGAGGUCAAAAUAAGAAUAAAUUCCAAAAUAUCAAUUUUCGAUCAAAAAUUCUAAUGUUAGCCAUAAUUUUAAUUAGUUUGAAGAUUAAGGUAUUGCAGCAAAUUACUCUGAUGAUGUCUUAAGAUAGACUUAGUGUUUUAGUGUGUCUAAUUUGAAUUCUUCUGGUUAUAAUUCUGGUAGUUCAUAAAAUUCUAAUACAUCUAGCAAACUCUAGAAAGAUUCCAAAAAUUAUCAAUAAGAAAGUCUUUAAAAAAUGCAAUCCUCCUCAGAAAAAAACAAAAUAGAGAAUUAAAGUUUUACUAAUUAAGAUAAGAAAUUGUUAAAAGAGGAGCUAUAAGCUUGUGGUAUUUAACAUAAUAAUGAAAGUAUUUUAAACUCUUCAUAAACAAUAGGCAUAAAGAACGAAACAAAUUAAAAUCCUCAAUAAUAAUAGUAGCUUGGGAGCUAAUAACCUAAUGAAUAAACAGAAUUGGGUAAGGAAAUAUAAAAGAAAUUUACAUUUAAUGAUUUUUGUGAGCUAACCAAAUUUCGUUUAUCAGUGACAAAUACUUUGGUAGCAUUGCCAACUUAUUUAUAUCUUGUCGAAUCGGUAACAUUUGAGUUAAUUCCUUUAGCCAUUGCUACUCAAUUAAUGGCUAUGAGUUCAUAGACUACCAACUAGAUUAAAGAAUAAGAAUUUGAUAAGCUUAUGACUAGAACUCAAAGGAGACCAUUACCUAAUAAACUCAUUUCAAAUAGAAUGGCUAAAAUAUUAGCUGCAUCUCUUUAUUGUGCUUCAAAUGCAAUCUUUUACACCUGCUUUCCCUUAUAAACCUUAUUUGUUGCUAACUCUAUUUUCUUCAGUUAUAUCUACUUGUACACUCCAAUGAAGAGAUAUUCAACAUUUAAUACUACAAUUGGAGCUAUAGUUGGUGCAUUGACACCUUACAUUGGAUAUACUGCUGCAGGUGGUUCUAUUUAUGAUUUAUAUCCAGCUUAUUAUUCUAUUUAUAUGAUUUUCUGGUAAUAUCAACAUUUUUAUGGAAUUUCUUGGAUUUAUAAGAAUGACUAUAAGAAGGCAGGAUAUAAAAUGUGUGAUAAUAAAUAAGAAGCAAUGUUUUAUAUGUCCACAAGCUUUUUAAUGACUUUAGCAGCCAACUUCGCACUAUUUUGCACAAAUCCCGUUUAUCCAUACCUCACUAGCGUAUAUACUGCUACUAUGGCUACUACUUAUAUUUUCUCAUUUGCAAAACCUGCUUAUAAAUUUUAUUAAGAGCCAAACAUAUAAAACGCUAAAGCUUUAAAAAAUUCUUCAUAUAUUCAUCUUUCGAUUUUAUUCUUAAUCAUAACUAUUGAUAUAUGCUUAAGAAUCUAUAAGAACAAGUGUAAAGUAGCUUUAGAAAGCCAAUCAGAACCCUAAUAGCAUAAAAAGCUUGAAGAUAAAUGGGUGAUAGGAUAUAUACAUAAGCUUCUUUUUGAAAAUUAAAUACCAUCAUAAAACAUCUCAAAACAAAACACCUAAACUACAGAAUCAACUCAAUAAAACAUUUAAAAUCAUAAAUAAUGA